CGGUAAUGUCUUCAGCUUGGACGUUCAAUCUAUGUUGGUAAGAUCGGCGUUAAGAUGACACCCGGCGUGAGGCGAGUAAAUCCGGGCCGACACUGCUUGUUUGUGUGUAUGGCGUAUGUCCUCGUGUGCUUUGGCAGUUUAUCCAUUUACUUCAUAUUCGAAAGCAUUCAAGAAAAAGGACUGCUCUCUACUAUCGAUGUGUUGCAAAUGAACAGCUUGUUUUGUUUAUCUUCUCCAAAGCCUAUCCACAUAUCAGAAAAAUACAAUACAAAAGACUUGGUUGUGACGCCAAUGAGAUUAAUAGUUGGUUAUAUGAGAAGUGGAUCGACCUUGACAUUUGACCUCGCCCGCCGUACUAUUGGUGAUUUCCACAUCUUUGAACCUUUACAUGGUAUAUCACAAACUGCACGGCUGCUCUACACAACACAAUUUCUAAACGGAACAAAACGAUACCAUGCACCAAAUGCAGGUGAAAAGAAAGACAAAGAAAGUGAACUUUCUGCACUGAAUAUCGAGGAUGAUUCAUGA